AUGGCAACAUUGACUCCCCCCCUGCACUUCAAUAGGAUCCACCCGGGCCUGUAUCGGGGCUCUUAUCCUCGGCCAAUAAACUAUACCUUUUUACAAUCUUUAGCCUUGAAGACCAUCAUAGCAAUCACCCCAGAGACGAUCACGGAAGAAAACGAUAAGGAACUGUACGAUUUUUGCCAAAAGAACAAUAUCAGUGUCCAACAUAUCGACUGCCAACUAAGUGGAAAGGGUAAGAAACGAGGUGUCCCAUUGGAUUACGAAAAAGUUACCAAGAUCUUGGAGCUCAUAAUCAAUGCUGAUAAGUCUCCGGUGUACAUGUAUUGCAUUAAUGGAGGCCAAAUAACGAGUCUGGUGGUCGCAUGUCUUAGAAAAAUUAGCUUUUGGUCAAGUAUAUCCAUUUACAACGAAUUUAUCACUUAUGCUACCACUAUCAAUCACAAUGACAGGGUAUUCAUAGAGAACUUCCAGGUGAAGCUAAAUGUCCCCGAGAAUAAAGUGAGUUGGCUAUGGACUGGAUUGAAUAAAAAUGUGAUAGAAAAUCAUCCCAGUAUUACUAUCAUAUAG